AUGAAGUACUGCACUUCAAACGAUCGGAACAAUGACAACGACGGGGAGUAUGCAGCGCCGGGGAAGCCCAAUCAAGCUAUCGUCACACGGUUCCUCCAGACGCACGAUUACUCUCGCGUCUUGCCUUCUUUAAGCAUAGCCCGGGAUAUGUUUGGUGAACAUGAAGCCCAACGAGUCGUUGAUGAGUGCAUCUUCAUGAAACUCUCUGAAGCAGACAUAAUCGCUACCGUUACCCGUAUAACGGCCGAGAAUAUCUUGAAGCAGUAUCGCAGGCUCCUCGCGCUCCGCUUUCCUGCCGGCCAGGACGUCGACGAACUCUUCAUCAGCGGCCCGAGUGCGCGCAACGCGAACAUCAUAGACUACCUCGAAGCGGAGCUCCCCGAGAGCGUGAUCACAAAGCCAUUCGACGAUAUAGGCAUACCAGGCGAUGCGAACGAGGCCUUCUACAGAACUAUCGCGGCCUUGGAGCCAGUCGGGUCAUGA